AGACAGAGAGAGAGAGAGAGAGAGAGAGAACGAGAGGGAAAGAGAGGGAAAGGAGGGGGCAGGAAACUGUCUGUGAAGAGAGGCUGUACCUUCACACCGUCAUACAGUCAGGGAGUAGAAGUGAAGCAGCGUGUUGGAUCCAUGCUGCGGUCACAGCGUGCUGGACUCCACAGGUGCUAUGAGCGCGCAUGUGUUUAAACAGAACCAGUUGUGUGAUUUCAAAAACAAGAGGGACAGCUUUGAGUGUUGGAAUAUUUCAGAUGCCCACUGCGGAUUGACAACUGCUGGACCACUUUGGAUUACUUUCUUCAGUGACUUUUAACAGCAUUGAUGUUAUUCUUCACAGGGAUACAUUUUGAGUGGAUUUCAAUUCAGUCAGACCUGAGUGACUUGUGGAUCUUGGUUCUCAAAGUCAAAAUGAUUCAGCACGGACGAGUUGUGCGAGUUUCUGAGUGAGUACGGACCUCCCUUACCUUUGGGCUGGGGUCCUGUGGGGUGGCUGGGGAAAAGGCAGCAGAAGGGGGAGGGGAGGAGGAAGCUAGAGCUUGUCUUCUGUCUCUGGGGAGGGCUGCUUUCCCCAUCAGCUAACCCCCAGUGUCUCCUCUGAAGAGUCCCGAAGGGAAGCGUUCAAAUGCUUGCGACUAAAGAGGGGAGCACAUGAAAGAGAUCUCUUUGUCCCUGGGAGAGUAUUUUGAGAGAGACACCUUAAAGGAAUGCCUGUGGUGCCUUUUGUUUUAUGUUGCACUGUCCAUUCCUGUUGGAUUCAGGAUCGAGGGAAAUCCUUCCAUUGUGUAACUUUCACAUAACUUCUACACAACACCACAAUCUUGUUUACUGGAGAGAUGCACAACAUCACCUUGCAGAUGGGCAGUGCAGCUCAGCAAUUGGACAGCAACCUCAGCCACCAGAGCAGUAAUCUCAGCUCCAGCAGUCUCAUGGAUGGGGUGGAAUGCCCAAAGAACGAUGGAUUCAAGUAUCCACUCUAUAGCACUGUGUUCAGCAUUGUUUUUGUGGUGGGACUCAUUAUGAAUGUAACAGCCAUGUACAUCUUCACUUGCUCUCUGAAACUCCGCAAUGAAACUACCACCUACAUGAUGAACCUUGUGGUGUCAGACCUGCUCUUUGUGCUCACGUUACCGCUACGAGUCUUCUACUUCAUCCGGCAAGACUGGCCAUUCGGUCAUUUGCUCUGCCAGAUUUCAGUCUCCCUCUUCUACACGAACAUGUACGGCAGCAUCCUCUUCCUCACCUGCAUCAGCGUGGACCGCUUCCUGGCUAUCGUCUAUCCUUUCCGUUCACAGAGGCUUCGGACUAAACGCAAUGCCAAGCUUGUGUGCUUGGCCGUGUGGGCACUGGUGCUGUCGGGGAGUCUACCUACAGGCUUCUUGCUGAACUCCACCACAUCCCACAGCAACUCCAGCAUCAAGUUCUGCUUCGAGAAUUUCUCCUCCAAGCAAUGGAAGGCACAUCUCUCCAAAGUGGUAAUUUUCAUAGAGACAGUUGGCUUUCUUAUACCGCUACUCCUCAACGUGAUCUGCUCUGCCAUGGUUCUCCAGACACUGAGGAGGCCCCACUCAGUCGGUCGAGGAGGGAGGCUGAACAGGACUAAGAUCUUGCGCAUGAUAGUGGUGCACCUUUUGAUCUUCUGCUUCUGUUUCAUCCCUUAUAAUGUCAACCUGGUCUUCUACUCGCUGGUGCGCACCAAAAUUUUGGGAGGCUGCAUGGCAGAGUCUGUGGUCAGGACCAUCUAUCCAAUCUCCUUGUGCAUAGCUGUAUCUAACUGUUGCUUUGACCCUGUUGUCUACUAUUUCACCUCAGAGACUAUACAAAACUCCAUUAGGAGGAAAUCGCAGGGUGACCGUGUCUACGACACAAAGUUCUCAGAGGCUCUGCAGUCAGAGACCAGCUCCAGCCUCAGUUUCAGCCUGAGGUCCCUUAAAAGCAAGAUUUUCUUCAAUGAGUCCAAUGCGUGAGGAGACUUUAAUGAUGGCAGCUCACAAUAAUACAGAGUGCGCAAAACAAAAAUGACAUUACUUCAAUCAAUGUGCCAUGAGGGACAUUCACAAUUAACUCUGAAGCAGGUGCUGUAUGUUGCUGAAUCCAUGCUGUAUCUUGGCUCCCCUGUGCCAUAGAAAUAAAAAGAGCUUCCUAAAUGUUGCACUGCAGCACACUGACUGAAAAGACUGAAAAGAUCCAAGUUGUUGGAUGUCAUUGGAUAUUUGGUACAAGAGCCACUCAAUUAAUGGAUAUUUCAAAUUAGUGUUCGGAAGAAUCUAUGUGACUUUCUUAAGAUAGCACAGAGCAAUUGAUGAACUCUCCCCUGUGACAGGUGUUUUUAUGCCAUACAAGAUAUGCUUGAGGUCAAUACAGGAUGUCUUUGUUUGUUCUUAUGGAUUUAUCGCUAGUGUCUCUCUCUGGAAUAAAGUAUUUAGCUAUUGAGAAACCUUCUUUUUGUCUAGAUACAUGAACUGUAAUUAUUUGACUGUAACAACAAACUGUGGUCGCUUCUCACUUGAACCCUGCUAUGUAACACUGACAUAACCUUGACAUAACCAUGUCAUGGCACAUGUUAUAUUUGGUCAUGAGUUGGCAUGACAGAUUAUGUUGACAUAUAUAUUUUAUACUGCUCUAAAAUAACAGGGUCAUGUUACCAUUACCAGUGAUUGUCAUGACAGGGCCCAUGAUGGCUAAUUACAUUUAGCAUGUGACUUAAACUGUAAUGACAGCAACAUGAUGGCAUCUGCCAUGACAGUUAACAGUAAUGAUAACAUGACAUUGUUAUUUGACUGAACAAAAUCUGUCAUGACAACUUAUGACAGCAUAUACUGCAAUUUAAAUUUACAUCAACCAUGACAUGUUUAUGGCAUGUUUAUGCCAAUAUUAUGUAGCAGGGUUCAACUAAAGUGUUGCCAUCAUUUCUUACAGUGUAAACGUUAGUGCACUUACUUUGCGUUCACUAUUUGUUGAGUGAAUGCACAUGUAACAUAUUUAUCAGUAGCAUAUUAUGGACAUUUAACGAAGCUCAUACCAAGAAAGAAAGAAAAUGGUUCUGUCAUCUAAGUCCUGGUCAGAAAUGUCUACAAUUGGUAGAUUUUUCGAAUGGCAAAACAAAUGUACUAAAAGAUGGCACUGAUUCAAGAAUUUUUAACUGGAAAAUCGUAAUUUUUUUAGUUUUUUUUUUUUUUCCCAUAAAUAUCAAAGACCACAACUUCCUGAAGUGUCAUAGUAUUAAUUAGUGAAAAGACUUUUAAUGGCACUUUAUACAACAAUUUUAAGUUUGCACUGAUAUUGGUUCACUUUUCACUGUGCACUGUUUUUCUGUUACAAUACCAUAUUUGAAAAUAAAAAUUCUAUGCAGAA